UCCGCCAUCUUUUUUGUUUAUAUUUAGGCUAUCUCGAAGGAAAUUUCUCUAAUUUUUGAGUAAGUUAAGUGUUUUACGAGGGAAUUGCUUCAUCAACAAAGAUUACCUCUGACCUGAGUCACCUGAGCUCAGUCUUCCCCAUACUCGCUGAGUCCGCCUUCAUGUCUGCCUCCCUGGCCGUGAUUCUGAUCGACUAGAAUCACAGCUUCCUGGAGAUGUCCCUGCUGAGGCUGAUCCAGAGUUAUCUCCCUCGAUGGAGGAAUAGGAACAUCAGACAAGAUGUGUACAUCUGUCUGGUCAUAGCAGCAUUGGCUAUUAUGUACAGCAACUCCAUGAAAAAUUUUGCCAUCAACAUUGAAAACUGUAGAAUUGCAGUUGCAGCCAUCAUUGUUCUUCUCUCAUUUUGGCUGCAGAGUAAAUCAAAGGCAAAUAAUGUCUCGGACAAAUGUGUGGGGACCCCAAAAGUACCAGUCUCUGACAAGUCAGUGGGUGGGUCCCCAGUAACACAAAGGGAUCAGACGAGCAAUGCCUCCUCCUGCUGUGGGGUGGGGAUACCCCGGUACCUCCUCUCCCUGUCCUCCUCCUGCUCCUCAGAGCCUCAAUCUGAGGUGAAUAUUGAGAGGGAGCUGACAGAGGGUUAUGUGCAGGCCUUCAGGGAACUGUAUGAUGAGGGGGAGGUAACUCAGGACGAGCUGGUCACGGCCAUACAGUACCUCAAUACACUCAAGGGAGGGAUAACUGCCCAAAAAAGUGGUGAGAAGUUGACAAAUGCAGUGGACCAUAUCAGGAGUAUGGGUAGAGAGAGGUCACGGCUGGAUGACUCUGGGCUUCCCCAGGAUUACACAUAUGAGGAACUCCGACACAUUGUGGUAGAUGAGAACGGAUAUUCCUUUGAGGACUUUGAGAGAGUAUUGGGGGAGUGGUUAGAGAACAACAGUUUCCUCCCCUCUCCUGAGGAGUUUGUUGAAAUCCACCACAACAAGAAAGGUAUAGUUCAACUGGAGAAGGAGGUGGUAGACACAAAGAGAGAAAUGGAGGAGACUCGUCAUGAGAUGGAGGAGACUCGUCAUGAGAUGGAGGAGACUCGUCAUGAGAUGGAGGAGACUCGUCAUGAGAUGGAGGAGACACUGAGGGUGGUGGAGGAGACCACACAGGAAGUGAGGGAAUCCCGACAGAAGGUCACCUCACUCAGAGAGAGGCUGCAACAGAAGGAGAGGAUCAUCUUACUGAGGGAUCAGGCCUUACAGCAGAGGGAUCAGGCCUUACAACAGAGGGAUCAAGCCUUACAUCAGGAAAGACUAGUCAGUCAACAGAAGGACAGACUCCUAGAUCAGGAGAGACAGAGGGUAAGAAAGUUAGAGGAGAGAAAUCAGCAGCUUCCUGAAGGGGACUUACAAAGGAGGGUGCGGGAGAUGGAGGAAGAGAUUCGUCGACUGAUGGCCCAGUCUCACAGGUCCAAGUGUAAGAUCUGUUGGGUAGAAGAGAUCCGUGUUUCCUUCACCCCCUGUAAUCACCUGAUCUCAUGUCAGGGUUGUGUGGACAGUCUGCCAGAGAAAAAGUGUCCCAUAUGUAGGGAGCCUAUUGAAGAUACAGUCACAAUGUCCUUUGCAUAGAAACUAUGCAUCCUGUAGAUCUGUGAUUUUGGCAGCUGCUACCUGUACUGUUAGUCUUGUAUAUUUGUACAUAUUAUGUUGUAUAUCAUAUUCAUUGAAAUGUCACAAACUUGACCCCAACUAACAUUUACAGUACUUGAGACUGGUGCAUAUCAAAGGAUAUCACUCAUAUUGUUGAAAUUAAUAUAGCCCAUUUUGGCUUAAAGUACGUUUUCUGUGAAAGUAAGUUUUUUUCUGAAUAGACAGCAUUUCUGAACAAAAUUUUGACAAAAUCAUUUCACAUAGCCUUAUCUGAAAUUAUGUUUCCAAUUUAGUGAGAACAAAUUUUUUUAUGGUCUUUACUAUAAAAGGAGGAAUAGCGCAUGAUUAUAACUUUAUGGGGACAAGAAUAAAACCACUGUAAAGAGUUGAUGUUUAGUUUUGUAUAAUCAUAGUUGUCCAGUUUGACUGUAUCCUGAUUCCUCAAUCAAUAUGGCACAGUGCGUGGUUUGAAAUAUUGGCAUGAACUAAACUGUAAAAUAAGGAAUAUUGAUCACAGUGAGUUUUAUUUUUGACCUUUAUGAUGUUUUGUUUUGUUUUUACAUCAGAAAUGCUGUUAUAUACUUGAUAAUGUAAAUAUUUCUAAUGCAAACUUUUCUUUUGGUUUAGGAAGUAUUUUCUACCAAUUAUU